AUGUCUGCGAAUGGUGCAAGCAAUGGCAAGGCUCCGGCCGAGCAGCCCCAUAUCCCCCAAGACCGUCUGAUCAACGUCCAGCCUGCCCGUCCGGAUGACCUGCAGCCUAAGUACGCUGCGAAAAUCGACCAUGACGAUGACAACCCUGAUGCGCAUGGCUGGUAUGCCGGAUUCAUUCACAGCCUCGGUGAAUGUAUCGGUUUCUGCGGAGCUAUCCCCUGUUGCAUUUGCUGCCCCAACCCCUUCAAGCCUGUCGAACAAGGUGCAGUUGGUUUGAUCUCGCGUUUCGGACGCUUUGAGAGAUCAGUCGAUCCCGGUCUGGUCAAGAUCAACCCUCUCAGCGAAAACAUCAUCACCGUUGAUGUCAAGAUUCAGAUUGUCGAGGUGCCCCGUCAGGUCUGCAUGACCAAGGACAACGUCACUCUCAACCUGACCUCCGUCAUCUACUACGAAGUGGUCUCCCCUCACAAGGCCGCAUUUGGAAUCUCCAACGUGCGCCAGGCUCUCAUCGAGCGCACUCAGACCACUUUGCGCCAUGUGAUUGGAGCUCGCGUGCUGCAAGAUGUGAUCGAGCGCCGUGAGGAGAUUGCUCAGUCCACAUCCGAGAUCAUCGAGGAGGUCGCUGCUGGCUGGGGUGUCAAGGUCGAGUCGAUGCUCAUCAAGGAUAUCAUCUUCAGCAGCGAUUUGCAAGAUUCGCUCUCCAUGGCCGCGCAGUCUAAGCGUAUCGGCGAGAGUAAGGUUAUUGCCGCGCGCGCCGAAGUCGAAUCCGCCAAGUUGAUGCGCCAGGCCGCCGAUAUCCUGUCUUCGGCUCCUGCCAUGCAGAUCCGUUACCUUGAGGCUAUGCAAGCCAUGGCUAAGACUGCCAACAGCAAGGUUAUCUUCUUACCUGCUCCCAACCAGACGGUGCAGUCGUCGCUUACCGCUGCUGAGAAUGCCGGCGAGGGUCCUAGCAACUACGGUGCCACUUCCCAGACGGACGACGGAUUCCAGCGUGCGAUGAACGCUCGCGUCGUCGAGGAUAUCUAG